AUGAUGGGCUCUGAGAACCGGGGCUCCGACGAAGCCCACCUCCACGCGCCGAAAGAAGAAAUGGAAAAUCUCGUCCUAGACGAUCAAUCGAACGGCAAUAAAUCGUACUUGAAUUAUCGCAGCGCCAUGUCGUCGCUCUCCGAUACGAUACACCCUCUCUCGUCGUCGCCGUCCUCCUCCCAGAUCGUAUCCGAAGUCCCCGCCACCACCGCCAAUACAACGCCACCUGCCGACGCCGAUCCCCUGUUCGUUCCCGCACCGUACCGCGACCUCCGAAACCCUAGCUCGACCCCGGACAACACCACUUACAUCGACCCGCCUUCUUACGCCGACGUGAUCUACAGCCCCUACGAUGCCGAAACCGCCGCCGAAAUCCAUGGCAUCGAGAGUCCUGGUAAGAGCUCCGACAACUCGAGCUCGUACUCUCUCUCGCGAUCUCCGUCUUCCACAUCCGAGUACAUCAAAAUCACGGUCUCGAAUCCGCAGAAGGAGCCGGAAAGCGGGAAUUCGAUCGUUCCGGGAGCUAACAAUUACGUCACGUACCUGAUCACGACUCGGACGAACAUUCCGGAUUUCGGCGGAUCGGAAUUCGGAGUCCGGCGGCGGUUUCGGGACGUGGUAACGUUAUCAGACCGGUUGGCGGAGUCGUACAGAGGGUUCUUUAUACCGCCGAGGCCAGACAAGAGCGUGGUGGAGAGUCAGGUGAUGCAGAAACAGGAGUUUGUGGAGCAGAGAAGAGUGGCAUUGGAGAAGUACUUGAGGCGAUUGGCUUCGCACCCGGUGAUCAAGAGAAGCGACGAAUUGAAGGUGUUUUUGCAGGUGCAGGGGAAGCUACCCCUGACAUUGACCAUUGAUGUGGCGUCUAGGAUGCUCGAUGGGGCCGUGAAGCUUCCGAAUCAGUUGUUUGGGGAGAGUGCUCCGCCACUGGCGCUUCACGAGGUGGUUCAGCCUGCGAAAGGGGGCAGGGAUUUGUUGAGGUUGUUCAAGGAGUUGAAGCAGUCUGUGGCUAAUGAUUGGGGAGCUUCGAGGCCGCUGGUGGGGGAGGAGGAUAAGGAGUUUUUAGAAAAGAAAGAGAAGAUGAAUGAGCUGGAGCAACAUCUCAUUCAUGCAUCUCAGCAGGCCGAAUCACUCGUUAAAGCUCAACAGGACAUGGGAGAGACGAUGGGAGAGUUAGGACUAGCGUUUAUUAAGCUGACCAAGUUUGAGAACGAGGAGGCCUUGUUCAACUCUCAGAGACUGCGGGCUGCCGACAUGAAGAAUGUGGCAACUGCUGCAGUCAAAGCCAGCAGAUUCUAUCGGGAGUUAAAUGCUCAAACCGUCAAGCAUUUCGAUACAUUUCAUGAAUAUCUUGGGCUAAUGUUAGCUGUCAACGGUGCAUUCUCGGAUAGGUCAAGUGCUCUAUUGACAGUGCAGACUCUUCUAUCAGAACUGGGUUCACUGCAAUCACGGGCUGAAAAACUUGAAGUUCAAUCCAAUAAAAUUUUUGGUGGUGACAAAUCAAGGAAUCGAAAACUAGACGAGUUAAAUGAAACCAUAAGAGCCACCGAGGAUGCUAAAAAUGUAGCAAUCAGAGAAUAUGAGCGGAUCAAGGAAAAUAACAGGAGUGAACUUGAAAGACUUGACAACGAGAGGCAUGCUGACUUCUUAAACAUGUUGAAGGGAUUUGUGCAUAAUCAGGUAGGAUACGCUGAAAAGAUAGCAAAUGUGUGGUCGACUGUUGCAGAGGAGACCCGUUCGUAUGCAAAAGAGAGCCCUUGAACCGUGUGUUUGUAAAUGAAAUUUUCACUUUCUUUCUUUCUUUACAUUUUAAUUGAUACCCGCUUCAAAGUAAAUUGCAUUGCAUUCAUAAGAAUAAAAAAAAA